AUGACCUCCGCAAUCCACGAUGACGAACUCUCCAUCUCCUUACCUCAGAAUGAGCAAACCCGUUCCAGACAAUCUCUGCCCCAGGUGAUGUCUCCUCCUACGCGACAGAGAAAUGGCCUGAGCCAAACACCUGUGGCAGAGUCCCCAGGGACCGUCCGAGCCAUGAACCGAUUACAUCAGUAUAGCUUUGUCCGCAACAUUGGUGAAGGGUCGUUUGGUAAAGUCAAACUGGCAAGGCACAAGGUGACAGGGCAGGAGGUUGCCAUGAAGACCAUCAACCGGCGCAAGUUGAUCAGUCGAGACAUGGCUGGUCGCAUCGAACGCGAGAUCCAAUACCUGCAAUUAUUGCGGCAUCCGCACAUCAUCAAGUUAUACACGGUCAUCACCACCAAGACAGACAUCUACAUGGUGCUGGAAUAUGUGCCAAUGGAGCUGUUUGAUUAUAUUGUCAAGCAUGGACGGCUUGGAGAAGCGAAGGCCCGAAAGUUGUUCCAGCAGAUCAUUUGUGCGGUCGAAUACUGCCACCGACACAAGAUUGUACAUCGAGACUUGAAGCCCGAGAAUCUCCUGCUGGACAAGAACAUGAAUGUCAAGAUCGCCGAUUUUGGGCUCAGCAACAUCAUGACUGACGGCAAUUUCCUCAAAACCAGCUGUGGAAGCCCGAACUAUGCUGCACCCGAAGUUAUUGGCGGAAAGUUGUAUGCUGGUCCGGAAGUCGAUGUCUGGAGCUGCGGAGUCAUCCUUUAUGUUUUCCUGGUUGGCCGACUUCCCUUUGACGACGAAUUCAUCCCUGCCUUGUUCAAGAAGAUUCAGGCCGGCACAUUCCAUAUUCCAUCGCAGACCCCUCCAGGAGCGGUGAACCUCAUCAAACGCUGCCUCCAAGUGCAUCCGGUCCACCGUAUUACCAUACCCGAGAUUCGACAAGAUGAAUGGUUUGUCAAGGAUCUUCCGGCAUAUCUGGUUGAUCCGGUGGAGGAAUUCUUGGACACUGGUGUCGAUCCCAGCAAGGCGAUCGAUCCUCGACAAUUAGCCCCCGGCAAGCCGCCCGAGGUUAGUGAGAGAAUCCACGAGCAGGUGGUUGGGAAGCUUGGUCGCACCAUGGGUUAUGCCAAAGAGGACGUCAAAGAUGCUCUCAGCAAAGACGAACCAAGUGCCAUCAAAGAUGCCUACCUGAUUGUGAGGGAGAAUCAGUUGAUGAUCGACACGCCACAAUUCCGCGCGGAAAACCCUGAGCUCGAAUCUUUCAUGGCCUCUUCACCGCCUGUCGAACCGAACUAUGCUGGGUUUCCUGGCUCUCCACCCACAGCCCGCAGAUACCAGGACGACGUGAAGCCCCUGACCCCGACCCGAACAGACGCCCAUCGAACAAGCCGAACUCUAUCUGAGACGCCUUCAUUUCGCGAGGAAGAAACGCCCCGGAUCUCUAACGUCCGAGUACUCAAUACGUCUCUACCUCAUGUCCAUGAAGAAUUGAUGCAGAUCCGUGAAAAGGCCAAGAGCAGGGGUGAAGAUCCAGAUUCAGUCCUUCAUCCUCAGGAUGACGAGGACGACGCAGAGAGCCCGAUCCCGGAAGAAAUCAAGGAUGAAAAUGGAAACCCCAUUUACCGGUCGAAAGAAGAGCAAGAAGCGACGUCCAGAGCGUUGAAGCCGCAUUCUCGCUCAGUGACCGCGUUGAGCUCUCUGCGGGACCCGAAGUCGUGGCCUGAAGGCAUGACGAGCAUGUCGCAAGACGAGCGACGAGCCGCCCCGUCGAAACCGAAAGCUCGCAAAUGGCAGUUUGGCAUCCGGUCUCGGAACGCGCCGUAUGAAGCGAUGAAGUGUCUGUAUGCGGCCCUCAAAGCUCAAGGGGCGGAGUGGGAAGUCAACCCGUGGCUACUUCCGGAGUGUCUGCCUGAUGGAGAAGACGAGAAGGACAUGAUCCCAGCACCACCGCCCGAUCUGGCUCCAGGCGAACGGCAUCAUGUCCUUCAGCAGAAGCAUUCCUUCCUCAGUGAGCAUUACUACGUGCCGCGGGAUCCUUGGAAUAUCCGUGCUCGGGUGUUGAAGAAAGGGAUGUUGAUGCCUGGAGAAGCGCCAUCACUUUCGGCCAAUAGCUCUGCUGUCAGUCUACCGGCGGAAGCGCAGAAACAGCUCAAAAAGCACAUUGAGCAGCUUGGCGGCUAUGCUUCUGAUGAGAUUGCCAAGGCACUGGGAGCGACUACGGCCAACGGACCAAGUUCGAAAAUGAAGUCUCCGGCGGAGUCCAACAGUCAGAACCAGGAUGCGUUUACCGGGCCCGGGCAGACUAUGAGCAGACCGGAGAGCCUGUCGACACUGAACAAGAAGAUACCCAGCGAGCACGUUGGGGUUUGGGUGUUCAUAGACAUUCAACUGUACACCUUGGAGAGCGGGACUUAUGUGGUCGACUUCAAAUGUGACGGAUACCAGAAUGUCAUUUGGCACGAUUCCAAGAGACCGGGAGAGAAGAGCAAGGGGUCCAGCAACACCAGUGCCGUCACCAGUCCAUCGACCAGCAGGCCUACCAGUGGGUUUGGAGGGCUCAGCUAUAGCAGUUCUGAUCGACUGGAUGAAGAGGAGUUGGACGGGUGUUGGAAACCGGUCAGCAAACGAUACAAGAAUGUGGAAAAGGAGAUCUCGAGUCCAUACCCGUUCCUUGACGUUGCUAGUGACCUGGUAGCUCAGCUGGUAAGUUUAACAUGA